CGCGCCCCGCGCACGGCUGCCGCUCGGGCGGGACCCAGGCUGGACCGCGGGCCCUGGCCUGGGGGAACAGCUGCUACCGCCGCCGCCACCUCGUCUCCUCCCGGUCCCCGCCCCGCGUCUCCUCGCCUCCCUCAGGUCCGCGGCCGGGGUCCCUCCCCGCCGCCCCAACCCUGCGUGGAUGCCGAAGGUGAAGGCGCUGCAGUGCGCCCUGGCGCUGGAGAUCCGCUCUGUAACUUGCCCAGGAGUGGUGCUGAAAGACAAGGAGGACAUCUAUCUUAGCAUCUGUGUGUUUGGCCAAUACAAAAAGACACAAUGUGUCCCAGCCAAUUUUCCACUGGUCUUCAAUGCCAGAAUGGUGUUUGAAAAGAUAAUUACUGAGUACCUGCUGUGUUCCAUGCUCUGUUCCAUGCACUGGGUGUUCCCUGAAGCAGUAGACCCUGGAGAUGUGGUUGCACAGCUUGAAUAUGAUACAGCAUUGUUUGAGUUGAUUCAGCUAGUUCCGCCAGUGGGUGAAACACUGUCUACAUAUGAUGAGAAUACACGAGAUUUCAUGUUCCCGGGUCCAAAUCAAAUUUCUGGACACCAUGACUCAAACCGCCAGGUUACUAUGAGGAGGAUUUCUGGCCUUCGUGGAAUUGCUCCAAAGCUGGAAUUUUCUACAACCUCAGUGAUUACCGAAUGUCUGAUAAGUUCAAGGAAGUGCCAUACUCAGGAUAAAUUUAUUCACCAUAUGGCUCCAGUUGAAAAAUCACACGGCAGACUGCAAACCGGAACAUCAAGGUCACAAAAGAAAAAAUCCAAGUCACCUGAGAGAAAUAAAUAUUGCAUAAAUGCAAAAAACUACGAACAGCCUACAAUUUCUUCAAAAUCACACUCUCCAUCUCCUUACACAAAAAGACGCAUGUGUGAGCUAUCUGAAGACACUAGGCAGCGGCUGGCCCAUUUAAAUCUGGGCCCCUAUGAAUUCAAAAAAGAAACAGAUAAACCUCCAUUUGUGAUUAGACAUGUUGAUCCCCCAAGUCCCAAGGCUGAUGCUUUAUUUGGAUCUUCUGGCAGAGACUGUGAAAGAGAUGGAUGGUCCAGGCUGCACAAUGAUCAUUCUCAUCUUGGCUGCUACCGACCCAAGGAUUAUAAGGUCAUCAGAACACCUCAUGGGAGAGACUUCGAUGACUCUUUGGAAAGAUGUGAUGACUAUUUGAGCUCAAGGUCAUGUAGCAAGUCCCAGCAUUCAUCCAGGACCUUACUCGUUCAGUCGGCACCCUCUACAAUGCCGAAGCAUUCUCCAAGCCCUGUGUUAAAUCGUGCUUCUCUCAGGGAAAGAUUCCAUUCUGAUUGGUGUUCACCUUCAAACUGUGAUGAGAUCCAUGACCGGGUAAAGAAUGUCUUGAAAUCACAUCAGGCUCAUCAGAGACAUUUAUAUGAUGAGAGAGACCCAGAGAAAGAAGAUGAACUGGAACUGAAAAGAGGUCUUUUAUAUAGAGACUCUGCCUAUGACAGUGACCCAGAGUAUAGCUCAUUUCAGCAGCCACCUGGCGCUCUCCAUUUGGAUGAUGGCGAAUACUGGUCCAACAGGGCAGCCUCUUACAAAGGAAAAUCCCACCGACCCAUCUUUGAGAACAGCAUGGACAAGAUGUACAGGAACUUAUACAAAAAGGCCUGUAGUUCUGUUUCUCAUACACAGGAAAGCUGUUGAGACCAGUGGUGAUAAACUGUAUGAGUGUCCUUGUCAACUUCUCAAUGAAAACGUUUGAUGUGAUCA